ACCAUAGGCUCGGAGGUGUCUAAACAGGCGGCGGAUAUGAUACUAUUGGACGACAAUUUCGCUACAAUCGUGAUCGGGGUGGAGGAGGGGAGGCGUAUAUUUGACAACAUGAAAAAGACGGUGUCCUACAUCGUGGCCGGUAGUGUCACCACUUUGUUCCCGUUCCUCAUAUACGUGGUGCUCGGGUUCCCGCAGCCCAUCGGCACCAUAACUGUCCUAUUGAUCUGUUUGGGCACCGAUAUGGUGCCCGCCGUGGCACUGGCCUACGAGAAGGCUGAGGCGGAUAUCAUGUCAUUACCGCCGAGGAAUCCGCGCACCGAGAGACUGGUCACCGGGCAGUUGCUUAUGAGGGCCUACUUCCUGGUGGGCGCCAUCUGUACGGCCGCCGGAUUUUUUGGCUAUUUCGUUGCACUUAACUACGAGGGUAUUAAACCGAAAAUGCUAUACCAGGCCCGAGUGGACUGGGAUGAUCGGGAUAAAAAUUUUACCAUAUAUGGCCCUGAUGAUGACUGGUACGGGAAGCCUACAAAGGAGAUUGAUUAUCACGAACGCAAGCGCCUGGAGGUGAUCGCCCAGAGCUCCUAUUUCAUCGCCGUAGUGGUCGCUCAAUGGAUGGACGUUAUUGUCAAUAAAACGAGACGACUGUCCAAUUUUUCGCAGGGAAUGGGUAACUGGGUGCUAAACUGGAGUUUAGUGUUUGAGACGGGAAUGGCUAUACUAUUUUGCUACACGCCCGGCUUAAAUACGGUAUUAAGGGUUGCUCCGGUGAUCGGCCAGGUAUGGGUCAGUGCCCUACCGUUUUUCGUAUACAUACUGGUGUUCGAGGAGUUGCGGAAAUGGAUUGUCCGACGGUUUCCCAAAUCGUUUUUAGGCAUAGAAUUGUUGGCGUAAAGAAUAUUCUUGUCAUUUGAAAGUAUCUAGG